AUGCAACAAACUUGUUGUAGAAGCGAAUCAAGUGACACAUUAGAUUUAUUUCACUUAACAGAAUGGACAACAAAACUUAAUGAAAUAUACAAUAAUACUAUAAAUAUUCCAUCAGAACAACAAGACCAGAAAAUAGAAAUUGAGAAAAUAGUAAAUUUAGUAUGUAUUGAUGGAGUAUUACAUAUCCCAUAUGGAAUUAUUAAGUCAGGAAUUAUUUCAGAAGCACAACCAAAUGAUAAUAUUUAUAUUUGUGGAACAAUUAAAACAUUAACAAGUAUUAUUAAUACAAUUGUGAUGAAUAAACAUAUUACUUUAAAUGGAUGUAGUGUUUAUGAUAUUAAUGAAAUGAUUUAUGGAAUAAUGGCAAUGGGAAUUAAUAAUAAUGAAUUUAUUAAUGAAUUUGGAAAAUGGUUAAUUGACCAUAAAUCAGAACGAUUAGAUGAUAUUGCAGAAACUUAUCUAAUCAAUUCAUUACUUUCUCAUAAUAAAGAAAUUGCAUAUCAACUGAGAGAUCAAUUAGGAUUAGCAGAAAAUACACAAAAAGUAUUUUCAUCAAUGGUAUUAGAAGAAGGAAUAAGUGAUAUUUCAUGUUCACAAGAAAGUAUGGGAGUUAUUAUUGGAUUUGUUAUUGAAAAUAUAAUAAGAGAAGGAGGAGAAUGGUAUAGCGAAUUACAAAAAUUACUAAAUAAAUCCAUAACAAAUAGGGAAUAUAUUCAACCAUUAAUUAUUGGGUGUUGGAGAUUAUGUAAUGAAGAUAAAUGUCAAAAAGAAUUUAUUGAAAGUGGGUGUUUGAAAGAAGUAAUUGAAAUAAUAAAAAGUAGUACAAAAGAAGAUAUUAUAUUAAUUUUUAUUGAAAUAACGAUAUUACUAAUGCAAAAUGAAAGUAAUUUUAAAUCACUUGAAAAAUUUGAAGUUAUUAAAAUUUUAAUUGAAAUUAUUAAAAAGAACCUUUCACUUAAAUUAAUGGAAAUGAGUGGGUUAAGGGCAUUAUCAUUAUAUUGUGGGUUUGAAGAGAAUAAUAAUAAAAUGAUAGAUAAUCAAUGGAUUGAAGUUAUUAAAAAUGUUAUGGAAUUAUAUUUAUCUGAUGAAGGAAUUCAAAGUAUUGGAUUAAAUAUUUUUAUUAAAAUAUUAUCAACAAAAAGAUGUAUUUCAAGGUUUAUAGAAAUUGGGGUUAUAGAUAAUGUAAUUCAAAUAUUCCAAAUUUAUAAAGAUAGUCCAGGAAUUCUUUUAUUAUGUUUUCAAGUUUAUAAAGAAAUAGUUAAGAACAUUAAAGAUACAAAAAUAUUAAAUAUAUUUCCAUUAAUUAUUCAAAUAAGUCAUUCUUUUGAGAACGAUAUAUCAAUCAUUAGUGGAUGUAUGUUUAUUUUUAGUUAUAUCUUUAGUUUAUCCAAUACAAUAAAUUUUAAAACAGAUGAUAAUAUUAAAUGGAUUUUUGAAUUGGCUAUGAAAUUUAUAGAAUUAGAAGAUAUUCAAAAUGCAGUAAUUCAAAUUGUUUUUAGUUUAAUUAAUGAUAAACAAAUUAAUAUUUGUAAACUAAAUAAUUGCAUCAUAAUUGUAUCUUUUCUUGUUCUUCAAUCAACUACAAUAGAUCAAAGUAUUAAAAUUAUGAAAAUUAUUCAUUAUUUUUUAUCAAAUGGAGUUUCAAAUGAACUUCUUGGUCAAGAUAUUUUUAAUAUAAUUACAGAAAGGAUGAAAAAAAGUGAUAAUGAAGAAGUUAUAGUGCAUAGUAUUCAGUGCUUAGAAGACGGUAUAAAUGAAGACUUUAGUAUGAAUGAAAAACAAAUAAAAAAAUAUGAAAAUUGGGUUAAUAUAUGUGUUAAUAAAUGUCAUACAUUUAAUACACCUAAAAUAAAUAAAAAAUGUUUAAGUCUUAUUAAGAAAUAUAUUGAGGGUUAUCGUUCUAUUGAUAAAUUAGAAGAUCAAGAAUGGAGAGACAUUAUUUUUAAUAAUAUCUCUCAAAAUCAAGAAAAUAUUGAAAUUAUUAAAGAUGCACUAACACUAAGAGUUAUUGCAAAUCAAAUACAACCAUUCUUUUCAUAUAAUGAAGUAAUUCAAAUUAUUCAAAUUCUUGAAACAGUUAUUCAAAAAAUAAGUAACAAAGAAUUUGAUCAACUUGUUCUUCAAAUUUGUAUUUUAUUUUUAUGUCCUUUUAAUCAAAACGUUAUUCAAAUCUCACAGUUAUUGAAAAAAAGUAUAUUAUAUAAAAGAAUUAUUCAACAAAUACCUUCUAUAUCAAAUCAAUUAAAUGUAUCUGUUUUACAGGUAUUAAUGACAUCAUUACUUCUUUCAAAUUCAUAUUCUAUUUAUUCAUUUAUUUCUUUAAAUGUAUGGGAAGUCGUUUCUUCUUUAUCUAAUGACCCAGAAAUAUCUCAAUUAUUAAAUACAACAACUUCAAUGAAUUCAUUCUGUAAUUUAAUUAAACAAUUACCUAAUUCACAAACUAAUUGCAUUGGGUUUUAUGCAAUAAUGAGUGUUACCACAUUAUCAAGUCAAGACCAACAACUAAUGAUUCAGUAUGCAAUUCAACUCUUAUCAACACCAUCAACAUCAAUCAGUGAAAGAAGAAAUGCGAUAUUAUUGUUUGCACUACUCAAUAACGAUUCAAUUAAAAGAGAAGAAAGUUUAAUUAAGAAAUCAUUAACCUCAAUUAUUAAUGUAUUAAGUGAACCUCAUUGUCCAACUGAUUAUGUCUGUGUAGGGGUAUGUGCUUUGUUUAAUUUAGCAAUCAUACCAAGUAUUAGAACAUUAAUUAAUACUCCAAACACUAAAACAAUACUUAAUAAUCUAAUAGAAGAGAAUGAAGACUGUAAAGAAAUCAUAACUAAAAUCUUAAAAAGGGUCAAUGAAGAAGGAAACCACAAAGGAUUCUCAUCACAAAUUGAUAUUUAG